AUGCUCCGUUUCAGAACCGAGGGCUAUAACGGCUGCGCAGUCAAAUACUCCCCCUUCUUUGACAAUCGGCUCGCGGUUGCUGGAUCGGCCAAUUUUGGCUUGGUUGGCAAUGGACGUCUGUUCAUUCUGGAACUGACCCCGAACGGCAUUGUGCCCGUGAAAUGGUUCACCACUCAGGACUCCCUCUAUGACCUUGCAUGGUCGGAGAUCCACGAAAACCAGGUCCUGGCCGGCUCUGGUGACGGCAGCAUAAAGCUGUUUGAUAGCAACCUGAAUGACUUCCCCGUGCAGAACUGGAAGGAGCACAACCGCGAAGUCUUCAGCGUGAAUUGGAACCUGGUCGCAAAGGACCGCUUCUGUUCGAGCAGCUGGGAUGGCACCGUGCGCGUCUGGUCGCCUGAACGUCCUCAUUCCCUCCUCACCCUUCCCACUCACAGUUGCACCUAUUCCGCCGCCUUCUCUCCCCAUUCGCCUGACAUCCUCUCCUGCGUGACGUCUGACUCGUAUGUCCGCCUCUUUGACCUCCGCACUCCGGCAUCGGCCUCGAACCACCUCGUCCUCCAGAUCCCCAUCCAUGCGGCCCCCGUUCCUACCGUGCCUGGCACCCCAGGUGUCCCUCCCGCUGCUUCGCCACCCGCCGAAUGUCUGAGCCACGACUGGAAUAAGUACCGUCCUUCGAUCUUGGCAACUGCCGGCGUGGACCGAACCAUCCGCACCUUCGAUAUACGUGCUCCCCAGCAGGGCCCCCAGGCAGUUAUGCUUGGACAUGACUAUGCGGUUCGCAAAAUAUCCUGGUCGCCCCAUCUUUCGAACGUGCUUUUGAGCGGAGGAUAUGACAUGACCUGCCGCGCUUGGAGUGACCAGUCACCCUCGGGUAUCGUCGGAGAUACGGACGUGAUGCGCGCCGGUCCCGGCCCCGUGAUGGGCGCGGAGCUGGGCCGAAUGAACCAGCACACGGAGUUUGUGACGGGCGUUGACUGGUGUCUUUUUGGCAGUGAAGGAUGGUGUGCCAGUGUGGGUUGGGAUGAGAAUCUGUUUGUCUGGGAUGUGCGUGCAGUGAUGGGCUAG